AUGCAGGGAUCAAAACUUCGACGCUGCGGUCCUCAGCUGCUUCAAGCUUCUGCAACAGCUUCAAGAUUUGGAAUCCCGGCACGAGCACCGGUUUUCCGGACGGAACUAUUAAGACAAUGGCCUUCUCAGCUCCGGAUCUUCUCAAACGUACCCUUAUAUAAAUUCUGUGGUGUUCGCCAUUAUGCGAACGGUAGACCACACCCUCCAGGCGGAACUCAUCGGAUGAAUAUGGGUGGAGAGCCGGAAAAGUCUGCACUAGAAGAAUACGGAGUCGAUCUUACCGCUAGAGCAAAGGAUGGCAAACUUGAUCCUGUCAUUGGUAGAGAUGGGGAAAUUCAGCGGACAAUACAAAUCUUGUCAAGGAGAACAAAGAAUAAUCCGGUCCUAAUUGGAUCUGCCGGCACCGGCAAAACCGCUAUUCUCGAAGGCCUGGCCCAGAGAAUUGUCCGAGGGGACGUCCCAGAGAGUGUCAAGAAUAAGCGCGUCAUUUCAUUGGAUUUGGGUCAACUUAUUGCAGGUGCAAAAUUCAGGGGGGAUUUUGAGGAAAGACUGAAGAAAGUGCUGAAGGAGGUGGAAGAAGCCCAAGGGGGUGUUAUAUUAUUUGUGGAUGAGUUACAUACGCUACUUGGGCUCGGGAAGGCAGAGGGAAGCAUUGACGCAAGCAACCUGCUGAAGCCUGCCUUAUCCCGUGGUGAGCUGCAGUGCUGCGGUGCUACGACGUUGAACGAGUAUCGUCAGAUCGAAAAGGAUGUUGCUCUUGCUCGGCGGUUUCAGCCCAUCGUUGUUGAAGAGCCUGCGCUCGUGGCAGCUGCUACAUACAGCAAUCGAUAUAUUACGGAUCGUUUCCUACCGGACAAGGCGAUUGACCUUGUAGAUGAGGCUGCCUCUGCUCUUCGAUUACAACAGGAGUCGAAACCUGAUGCAAUUCAAGAGCUUGACCGACAAAUUAUGACCAUUCAAAUCGAGCUUGAAUCGCUGCGCAAGGAGACUGACAUUCCAAGCAAGGAGCGCCGGGAGAAAUUGGAAGAGCUCUUGAAAACCAAGCAAGAUGAAGUCAAGGAAUUUACCGAUGUCUGGGAAAAGGAAAAAGCGGAACUUGACGCCAUUAAACAGGCCAAGGAGGAUUUGGAACGUGCAAGGGUAGAUUUAGAGCAAGCCCAACGCGAAGGAAAUUUUGCCAAAGCCAGCGAGUUACGAUACUCGAUAAUUCCAAAACUUGAGAACAAACUUCCAAAAGAAGGGUCGGACACGGCAACCAGCACCACAGCUGAUGGCGUGGUGCUUCUUCACGAUUCCGUGACGAGCGAUGAUAUAGCUGGUGUGGUAUCCCGUACUACAGGCAUUCCGGUUAACAAGUUGAUGGCCGGAGAGGUUGAGAAACUUAUCCACAUGGAAGACACUUUAAGACAGUCAGUCCGUGGGCAGGAUGAAGCGCUCUGUGCCGUGGCUAAUGCUGUUCGUAUGCAAAGAGCUGGGCUUAGCGGAGAAAAUCGGCCAUUAGCAUCUUUUAUGUUCUUGGGACCAACGGGAGUUGGUAAAACAGAACUUUGCAAAAAGAUGGCAGGCUUCCUAUUUUCGACCGAAUCGGCCGUUUUACGGUUUGAUAUGAGCGAAUUUCAGGAAAAACAUACUGUUAGUCGCCUUAUCGGCUCUCCUGCCGGAUAUGUUGGGUAUGAGGAUGCCGGUCAAUUAACAGAAGCCGUCAGAAGGAAACCCUACGCCGUAUUACUCUUCGAUGAAUUCGAGAAGGCCCAUCGCGAUAUAUCAGCACUUCUGCUUCAGGUUCUAGACGAAGGCUUCCUCACUGACGCCCAGGGUCAUAAAAUCGACUUCCGGAACACUCUGAUCGUGUUAACAUCUAACCUUGGUGCAGAAAUUCUUGUUGGCUCCGAUCCUACCCUUGGAGAGGAGGUUUCGACGGAGAUAAAAUCAGCUGUUAUGGCUACAGUUCAGACGUCAUAUCCUCCUGAAUUUUUGAACAGGAUUGAUGAGUUCAUUAUUUUCAAGAGACUCUCAAGAAAAGCGCUGCGGGAUAUUGUAGACAUUAGGUUGCGAGAACUUCAACUGAGGCUGGAUGAUCGAAGAAUAACCUUGAAGGUAGAUGAUGGUGUGAAAGGCUGGCUUUGUGACAAGGGAUACGAUCCACGAUAUGGAGCUCGUCCCUUGAACAGACUUAUUGCGAAAGAAAUCGGCAAUCGUCUAGCGGACAAAAUAAUCAGGGGGCAAGUUACUACUGGCCAGGUGGCGCAUGUCACUCUCAACGCUGACAAGUCUGGUCUCAACGUCGCAACUGAAGAAGCUACAUAA